AUGGCUCUCCGCUCAACUACAGUGGAUUUCACCUCCAUAUGCCACUGCUCGAUUCGCGGUCGGCUCCACCUCCAGCGCGAUCAUGUCGAUCUGCUCCACCUCUUCGGCGCCCACCUCCUCCUACAAUUUCUCAUCCUCAUUGGUGAAGGAGUCCCGAGUCCGGGUCGAUGCCGUGGGACAGGAGACGGGAGUGAGAUGCGGCACCGAGCUCUUCCGGACUCUGCGAGCAGAGAUGCUGCUGCUGCUGCCGAGCGCGAUGACGGAGGAUGGCGCCCAUCGCGAGCAGAUCCAGGUGCCGCCUGGGAGGGGAAGCAGCCGGGGAGAGGGAAGAACCGGGCUGCGUCGGUCACUUCCGGGUUCUGGCGGAUCCAGGCGGCGCCAUCCUCCUUACUGCUGGCGGGAGGACGUGGAUGGGGCUUGCGCGGCGAGGAGGACGUGGAUGCGGCGCCAUCCUCCUUCCCGCUCAACCACAUCAACACCGGCGACUACAGCACGGUGGGCCUGCCGCCGUUCCUGCGCUACCGCCGCAAUGAGGAGCUCCUGCUGCCGUGGAUGGAGGUGAAUGCCUUCACGGUGCGGCUGCCUCUCUUCCCUCCCUGUCCACGGAUCGCAUGCGUGAUUUGA